AUGUCACCAGCUUGCGACCGAUGUGGUAAGGUGACGGUGGUGUUUCUGGAGCUUCGGAGCGUGUGGCUGUGUGGAAGCUGCGAACACAUGUUCACCGAGACGAGCAACCGCAGCAGCAACAACCCGAGUUCCAUGUCCAUCGCCGGCUACGACCGCCCCAAGUUGUCGAUAUUCGUCUCUUAUGGCCAUGAUCCGUACCAGCUCGUGGCCAUGACACUCAAGGAACAGCUGCAAGCGCGAGGCCAUUACGUGUGGGUCGACACGGAGCAAUUGGCCGCCGGAUGUGAUUGGGAGUCGGACAUUUCCGAGGGCUUGCAGCGCGCCAAGGAGGCCAAGGAACAUGGCCGGGUGUUGCUUCUCAUGACGCCUCACGCCGUGCGUCGCAACGGAGGGUACUGUCUCAACGAAGUCGCGCGAGCUGUGCAGCUUGGGCUGAGCAUCUUUCCCGUGCUCGUGAUGGACUGCGAGCAGCCGCAGUCGAUUGCCAACUUGCCAUUUUUCGACCUGCGCGACUGCAUCCCCCGGCACCAUUUGGACGGCGGCGGCGCUGCUGUAUCGUCGUCGGGAUUAAAGGGCUACGGAGUCGUCGGCGUCUCGUCCACGACGGACGUGUGGGAGCUGGACCUCGAGUCGGCAUUGGCGUCGCCUCGGUUCCUGGACAAAAUGAACCGCAUCGUCGCCAUGCUCGAGCUGUGCGAUAGCAUGCUGUCGUAUCACGCGCCGCUGGUGGGGGGUGUCGCCAACUGGGGUAAAUGCCACGAUCCCGCCGCCGCCACCACUCGAGGAGGCACACACGCCCCAGCGACCUUUGCGGACAAGGCUUCUCUUAACGUCGAGCAGUCGCGGUACUUUCUCAGCUACGGCGACAUGUGCGCCACGUUGGGCAGGGCGUUGUAUCGCGAUCUGGUGGCGCGAGGGUUUCACGUCCAUCCGCAGUCGCAGUACCCCCGCAAGAGCGUCAUGGCCGAGCACGAAGAGGACGACCGGCUGGAGGCGCUGCACUGGACCCACCAACUCAAUUCUGGCAAGCUCGUGCUGUUCAUCACCCCGGGCAGCGUCGGACGUCCCCACGGCGUGUGUCUGAAUGAGAUUUCCCUCGCCAUGACCAUUGGGCUCAACUUUGUGCCGUUGAUGAUUCGGCAAUGUGAGAUCCCACUGAGCAUUUGCCGCAUCCAGUGGCUUGAUAUGACUGACGUGAGCUCGUUUCACACGACCCCGUGGACAUUGCAUGAUGCGCGGUACUCUACCCGACGGGAGCAGCUCAUCGCGGCUUUGAACGGCCGAGUCGGACUGGAUCAAGAAGGCCAGCAAGCCAGGCUGUUUAGUUUGCUGUCACCGUUUUCAUUCCAGUCCCAAAUAAGCACCGCCACGCAAGGUUACUGUGGCCGCGCGUGGGUGCUGCACGAGUUUGACGAAUGGGUCACGAGUCCGCCGUCGAACGCGCGCCGCGUGUUUUUACUCACGGGCGUGAUCGGCAGCGGCAAGACGGCGCUGGCCGCGCACAUCAUCCAGAACCGACCGGAAGUGGUGGCCUUCCACUUGGCGUCGCACGAAGGCGAGCAAACGCAAAACGGCCGGCGGUGUGUACUCAACCUCGUGUACCAGCUCACGACCCAACUGCCUGCGUACGCGAACGUGCUCAAGUCCCAGAAAGAACCAUUGGAAGAAACCGUGUUUGUCGGAAACUUGGCCGAUUUGGUGCAAGAGUUGCUGAUUGCCCCGUUGGAAAGGAUCGCGACCCCGCCGUCUACGAUGGUGAUCUUGAUUGACGGCAUCGAGUGCUUUCCCUGUGCCGACGACAACUUGGUGGCAAUCCUCACCGCGAGCCUCAACCGAUGGCCAGCCUGGAUGCGCUUUGUGUUUACGUCGCGCGAAGACCCACGGGUGCUGAGUCUGCUCCAAGCGUACAUGCUCCCCCCCAUUGCGCUCGACUUGGCCUGCGCCCAGAGCAAGCGCGACGUCCGGCAGUACUUGGACACGGCGCUGGGUAGCCACUUUGACAUAUCGCCCCCGAUGCCCCCCCACGUGAUCGAUCUGCUCGUCGACCGCACACAAGGCCUGUUCUUGUACGCGCGGCAUCUCGUGGAUUCGAUUUCCAGUGGGCAAUGGAACUUGGACAACUUGGACAACGUGCCCACGACCAUGGGGGGGUUCCUCCAUCAAAACUUUGCCACGCAGUUCCCUGUUGUUGAUAAGUACAAGGUGGACGUCCGUCCUGUACUCGAAGUUGUGUGCGCCGCGCACGAGCCCUUGACACUGGACGCUUUGAGUGCCAUCAUGCACUUUGACGUAUACCAAGCCCAGAAGCUCCAGUCUGACUUUGGGUCGUUGUUUCACGCUGGAGAGGGCGGCGUGAUCCUCCCCUUCCACUUGUCGCUGCUGGAUUGGCUCCAGGACCCUCGCAGUGCAGGCGACUACUUUGUCGACGUCUGCACGGGCCACGAACGCAUUGGCAUGUGGUGCUAUGAAGAGUACACUCGCAGCGUUAUCGACUUUUCCAAACUCGAAUUCGAGUUGGAGUCGUCGCAGCUGAAAUCGUCCACCCAACGCAUGCAAAUGUACAUUGUCCGGCACGCCACCGACCAUUUAGAGAAAUCCAAUAGCAUCAAGGUCGACACGUUCACUGCGUCCACGUUUUUUUUUCAAGAUGAAACGUUCGUCUUGGCAACGCGACUGUUGCAAGUGCGUCAGAUCGGCCUCCAGAGGUACAACAUGCUUUUCUAUCGCUUUUACCAUGGUGAAAUCGCGCGGAAUGUUGCCGAAGACAAACUGCGCGCGCGCCAAGUCGUCGGCGCGUUCCUGAUUCGAUACAGCGGCGCCCAGCGGUCAUAUUGUGUGUCCUUUGUAGCCGACGCGUCGGUAAUGGAGCCAGUGUUCCAACACAACUUGAUCUACCACCUCCCGUCGGGAUCGUAUUCGAUUGUGCCGCCCCACGAAGUGCGGGAAGGCACGGCCAUCUUUAGCGACUUGGUGAGUUUUGUCGAAUCGUUUUUGCGCCAAGGCAUUUUGAAGGAGCCGAUUCGACACACUGGACGCCUCAACCGCGGCAUCUCGCAGCACUUGAUGUAACCCAUAGGAACAAGACUAUGAAGAAUCCUACCAAAAAUACUGCAAAGACGAACUGUUAAUC